CGGAAGCACUGCACGCUCGCGCACUCGCCUCUCUGCCGCCUUCUUCUGGCACACAGGAGUUUAACUUCUGGCUCCGUAAGGACAACUUAUUGGCGUUAACCGUUCAGUGAUAAUCGAUUCGGGUUUUGGAAAACCGGCUUGGUGAAUUCUUUUCGCGGUACCGUAAGGGAAGACUGAGCAGCGCGUCUAUAGACUGCAGUCCUAUCCCCGUCGCCACACAGACAUCGGCACAUCCGUACUGUCGUGCUGCUGUGCACAAGUUAAUGUGUGGACACUAACGUAGGCUCCGGAGCGCUUUCCCUGCAGUUCCCCCAGCUUCAGCUACAAUGAGCGAAUACUUCAGCCUGUCGGACUGUGAUGUUAUCGGUUUCGACCUGGACCACACGCUCUGCCGCUACCAUCUGAAGGAGACGUCCAGGCUGAUCUAUGAGAGCUUUGCCAGGUAUCUGGUGGAGCAUAAAGGCUAUGACAAGGACCUGCUGAACCUAACCCCCGCUACCUGGGAUUUCUGUUUCAAGGGGCUAGUGGUGGAUCUGGAGGAUGGAAACCUUGUAAAGCUUGCUGAAGAUGGAACUGUCUUGCGAGCGACGCAUGGAACCAAUGACCUCAGCACAGAAGAGAUCAUCAAACAUUAUGGUCCAAAAAGGGAGUGGAAGCACUUCAACAGCCUCAAUACCUCCUUCACAAGAUCUGCAAAAUACUAUUUCUACGACAACUACUUUGAUCUACCCGGGGCUCUCCUCUGUGGAAGAGUUGUGGACAUGUUGCAUAAGCGAGGAAAUGAGGUGAAUUCCGACUUUUGGAAAGACAUGGUUGCUGCCAUCGACCACAAUUACAACACAUCUGCAUUCAAAGAGGAUGCAGGGACGUACUUCCCCAGUGUGAAGAGGGACCCGGGCCGGUACCUGCAGCCCUGCUCUGACUCCGUCAAGACCUGGCUGCGCAGCAUGAAGAACACUGGGAAGGUCCUCCUCCUCAUCACCAGCUCCCACAGUGACUACUGCAGGCUAAUCUGUGAACACAUCCUGGGGAAGGAUUUCGAAGAGCUGUUUGACGUCAUCAUCACAAACGCCCUGAAGCCCGGUUUUUUCUCCUUGGUGCCCCAGCAGAGGCCGUUUAGGACCCUUGUGAGCGACGUGGAGGAGAGCGAGGGGCUGCCGUCUCUGGAUAAACCCGGCUGGUACUCCCAGGGGAACUGGCCGCACCUCCACGAGCUGCUCAAGACCAUGACGGGAAAACCAGAGCCCAAGGUAGUGUAUUUUGGAGAUAGCAUGAGGUCGGACAUGUUCCCUGCCAGCAGCUUUGGGAAGUGGGAGACAGUGAUGAUCGUGGAGGAAAUGGAGGGGGAGGGCGUCCCGAAGAGCGACGCGGCAAUGUCCAAUGAGGCCCAAGUGGAGCCUCUGGAGAAAAAGGGAAAGUUUGAGGAGCAGGGCAUGAAGUCACCCUCUGCUGUGUCCAAGCAGUGGGGCUCCUACUUUGUCGACAUACAUAGAAGCGGAGGAGGGGAUGAGGAGAGCCAGAAACUGACCUGGUGCUGUAACUGCAUUCACAAAUACAGCACCAUGGCCAUCCCUAGCGUGGAGCACAUAGCAGAUCUUCCUCUGGAUUACAAAUUCCCCAGGUUUUCUCCCGACAAGCCCUGCACCACCGGCUACUACCCCAGGCCCCCGGAUUCUUUGCUGAAGAGGUGCGAGAGUCUGUCAUAAAAAUUGAAAAAAUUUAAAAGGAAAAAAAAAAGUCCUCCCUUACCCCUCUGCCUCAGGAGAGGAAUGUGCCUCCAUUUUUGCCUGUAGUUUCCCACCUGACCCCGCCGCCAUCUGUGGAGCACAGGAAGCAUACACUCCUCACCCAUUCAGAGAAACUAUGUGAAUGUAAGCCACAGUAUCUCUGUGUAAUAACACCUACAUUUGAACGUUGUUUUGUGGUUUAGUGUACCGUACACGUGGAAAUACGACAAAAUAAGUGUGUGUGUGUGUGUCUGCAUACAGUAAUAAUAGGAAAUGUAGUGUUUUUAUUGUUUCAUGUGUGAGGUCGCCUAUUAUUUUCUAUGGUAGAUUGUUUAAAAAUCUGAAUUCUUCGAACUUUUCCGAAAUAAAGUGAGCAUUUUACCGUCUCUUUAUUCCUGAAGUGAUUACCUCAAGAACGUUAUCUACUGUAAGCUGUACCCACAUGGCCAGUGUGUUUCUCCCGAAAAAUCUGUUGGAAUCCUUGUGUCAGUAUUCUGUAUAACACUGUUAUUGUUAAGUCUUUUUUAAAUAUAGUUUUACUGUAUGCAUUUUAGUAACCUUAACUUGAGGUUUAAGGUCUAAUGUUUCCCCCGUUUCAGUUUUGUAGAAGGUGUUAAACUUCAGGUCUGUUGUUGCUAAAGAACUGGCACAAUGCUCAAUCCUUUGUGUUGGCUGUUUUAAAAAAACACAACUUUGGGAAACAAUAAUAAUGGAUGAUGAAGACUAUGCUAGAUGUUCUCUGUAUUAUUUUUGGUGCAUCAGUGACAUGUGCUCUUUGAGUGAUUGUGUAAAAAUGUGGACUACUUGUGCUUCAUUCAUAUGCAGUACCAGUUUGAGAUAUGCUUUAACCGACUUCUGAAUGGUUAUUUUGUCGGUGUGCAUAGACAAGUUGUGCCAUAAUACUUAAGGAACACUCAGUUUGGGAAAAAUCAGUGGAAGUUUGCUUGUGGCUUUCAAGUCACAGCAGAUUGACAUCAGGGUAUCUCUGUGCAUCCAGGCCACAGGCAAAAUGUUUAGCCUAGCUUAGCACUAAGACUGGACCACAGCAAAAUUGUUAGCCUCAACUCUAACGUGGAAAAAUACAACUUGCAAAAACUCCAAAACUUAAAUGUUUUGUCUUGAUUGCUAGCAAACUUGUCACAAAUACAAGAGUCACCUCCAAUAGAUACUUGGGUUUAUUUGACAGCAGUGUUAGGACUGUGUGCAAACUAGAGGUCUUCACCGGUCCACUUGGUUCAUAGUAACUGAGAACCGACCCAAAACCGCUGUCGUGCUAGGUGUAAAUUAUAUUCUGUCUAAUUGGGUCCAGGUGCAGUCCUGUCCCAUUCCUGUGUCUUGGGUCUGCAUGUCAAUAUGUCUUAAUACCCAACUGGAUCCAAGCUGAAUCAGUAUAAGCCAUAAUCUAUUUGGGUCAGUUCAGGUCGACCACAUUUUGACUCGUGUCUAAUUAUCCAUGGGUCUGUUCAAAUAAAGUCUGUAUGUCCUUGGGUCAGCUUGGGCCUCUUUUUUUGCUAAUUUAUUUAUACACAUCAAGUUCGGGUAGGUUUUCUACAGUUCCGUUUCGGAUUGGGCCCAAAAUGUUCGUUAAGAUUCUGGUGUAAACCUGGCAACAGGACAGGGAGAGAACAUUUGACAUGUUACGAGCGAGGGCUGUCACUUUUUCAAAAAGUCAAGUUCAAACGAAUGAUAACUAACAAGUAAUUAGUUCAAAUAAUUUGAAAUCAGCAAACAUGUUUACCUUUGUCCAUGACUUUUCAAUCUUGCUAAAUCCAGAAUUCUUCCAUGUUACUUCUCAGAUGGUUUGGUGUCAUCUGUUCAGUACAGCUGCCUAGUUUACUCCAUUUUGCAUUAGCGAAGGGAAUAACAAUAGCCUAGUUUGCUAAGGGGUAAGCAAUAGAACAGAGUGAUCAUGCAUUUUACACGCCACAUUUUAAAUGCCCCCCCCCACUGGAGUACAAGGUACGCCUGUUGCGCUUAUGCACUAUGAAUUAUAGUUUCAGAGAGAUCAUUACAUACCAAAAACGUACUUUUAUUCUAUGUCUGAACUGUAAUUUGAAUUUCGAAUAAAAAGCGUUAGCACUACUGCAUACCAUCACUGCACCUAGCUGUUGUUGGUUACAAAUUAGCUUCAUUCUAAACUCAUAAAACCACAAUGGCAAUUUUUUUGUUUCGACAAGUUUUACAUAAACAAAACACAACAUGUAAAUAAAACUAGUUUGGAGUUUUUUGGAAGUACUUUUGACGGAGCCAGUCUAGCUUCUUGGCUAGCUGCUAGCGCGUUUGCUAUCUAGUUUAUUUUGUGCCAAGCUGGGCUAAACAUCCUGGAUCUCUAUACUAAACACACAAAGAUGAUACUGGUUUCAAUCUUCUCAUCUGGCUCUGAGUAAGUCAUCAAACAAUAGGAUUUACCAAAUGUCGAAGUGUUCCUUUAAGAUGACCAUCAUCUCACAAAUGAAGAGAGAAAUUUUGAUGAUAUACAGCUGUCAGCGUGUUUGUGAGAUUGGUCAUCCAAAGUGAAUUAUUACUUGUGCUGUGUGUGCAAGUGUUUUAUGCAUACAGCUGUUGUGAUUGUACUCUUCUUUUCUCAUCUGACCUGGAAAAUUUGACAUGCACAUUUGCCUUAUGUUGGAUUCAUUUGUGGUCUUAAGUUCUUUGAAAACACAGGGAAAGUUCAGUUCUGUGUUCAAGUGUUGAAGUGCUGUCAAUGAAAUAAAAUGUUCUACAAUUUUCUUA